CUCACGAGCACACCUUGCCAGCGGGACUACUCUUUGGAGAUACCUCUUUGAAUCAAACAUAUAGUUGGUAUAAAGACUUGGAGCCAGGAUGGCUGAAAGCAACGGGGCCCCACUGUCGUCCUACAUCAUGGAUGAAGAAACUUUAAAGAGGAAGCAGAAGGAGAAGCUGAAGAAGCUGAUGGCGACGGGAGGAAAUCCACGACCGGCUCGCUCGCUGCUGUUCUUCGGGCUGAGGAACCCCGUCAGGAAGGCCUGCAUCAAUAUUGUGGAGUGGAAACCUUUUGAGAUCAUAAUCUUGCUUGCCAUCUUUGCAAAUUGCGUGGCGCUGGCGGUCUACUUGCCCAUGCCUGAGGAAGACAGCAACAACACCAACACCAACUUGGAAAGCUUGGAGUACCUCUUCCUCGUAAUCUUCUCCAUCGAGUGUUUCCUGAAGAUAGUUGCAUAUGGAUUUCUUUUUCAUGCAGACGCGUACUUACGGAACUGCUGGAAUAUCCUGGACUUUGUUUGUGUGUCUGUUGGGCUGUUUACUGUAGCCAUGGAUGCCAUUAACCACAUCAGUGGAGUGGAGGCUCCCGUAGGAGAAAAGGGUGGAGGCUUUGACAUGAAAGCUCUGCGAGCAUUCCGAGUCCUGCGGCCUCUCAGACUGGUCUCUGGAGUCCCCAGCCUGCAAGUGGUGAUGAACUCCAUCUUGAAGUCCAUGCUCCCUCUAUUUCACAUCACCUUACUGGUCUUUUUCAUGGUCACCAUCUAUUCCAUUAUGGGACUGGAACUCUUCAAGUGCAAAAUGCACAAGACCUGCUAUUACACAGGCACAAAUAUCAUUGCUACAGUGACCGAUGAGAAGCCAGCACCUUGUGCCCAAGCAGGGAAUGGUCGGCGCUGCACAAUCAAUGGCACAGAGUGUCGGGCUGGUUGGCCAGGGCCCAACUAUGGCAUCACCCACUUUGACAACCUUGGGUUUUCCAUGCUAACUGUCUACCAGUGUAUCACGACACAAGGAUGGACUGAUGUCCUUUAUUGGGUGAAUGAUGCCAUUGGAAUGGAGUGGCCAUGGAUCUAUUUCACCACUCUAAUCCUGGUUGGCUCAUUUUUUGUCCUCAACCUGGUUCUUGGUGUGCUUAGUGGUGAGUUCACAAAAGAACGAGAGAAGGCCAAGUCCCGAGGAGAGUUUCAGAAACUACGAGAAACCCAGCAGCUUGAUGAGGAUCUCAAAGGUUACAUGGACUGGAUCACUCAGGCUGAAGUCAUAGACAAUGACCAGGACAGACAAGGCUUGCUGUCUAUGGAAAAUGGAGACUCUGAAUGCGGCAGCGUUGGCAAGAUGACUACCAUGCAGCUCAUCAUCUAUUACUACAAACUGGCUCGUAAGUGGAAUCGCUGGUUGAGGCGUAAAUGUAGAGGAUACGUGAAGUCCAAGCUCUUCCGCUGGUGGGUGAUCAUCCUCGUCUUCCUCAACACGCUGGCCAUAGCGACAGAACAUCACAAGCAGUCUGAGAGACUCACCAACUGGCAAGACAACACCAACAAGCUGCUUCUGUCCAUGUUUGCCCUGGAGAUGUUCAUGAAGAUGUACGCUUUGGGGCUCCCCACCUACUUCAUGUCUCUUUUCAACCGCUUUGACUGCUUUGUGGUGAGCACGGGGGUUUUCGAGCUCAUCCUCGUCCACAUGGGCGUCAUGUCAGUGAUGGGUAUCUCUGUGCUGCGCUGCAUACGGCUGCUUCGCCUGCUGAAAGUUACCAGAUACUGGACGUCUCUCAGCAAUCUGGUGGCUUCCCUCCUGAACUCCAUCAGCUCCAUAGCCUGCCUCUUGCUGCUGCUUUUCCUUUUCAUUGUUAUCUUCUCCCUGCUGGGCAUGCAGGUGUUUGGUGGAAAAUUCAACUUCCCUGAUAAACCCAAACCUCGCAGCACCUUCGACAGCUUCCCCCAGGCCCUCAUCACCGUGUUUCAGAUCCUUACAGGUGAGGACUGGAACACCGUCAUGUAUGAUGGCAUCAUGGCUCACGGGGGUCCCUCCAUGCCGGGCAUCCUUGUCAGCAUCUACUUCAUUAUCCUCUUUGUUUGUGGAAAUUUUAUCCUUCUGAAUGUCUUCCUGGCCAUCGCUGUUGAUAACUUGGCUGAGGCUGAGUCUUUGACUUUAGCGCAAAAAGAGAAAGCUGAAGAGAAAAAUCGCAAAAAAGCUCUCCGGGUUAACAUGUCUGACAAGGCUUCAGAAGAGAAAGCAAAUCUGGCAAAGAAGCUGGCAGAGCAAAGAGCUAAAGGUGUAGAGGGCAUCCCGACAACUGCCAAGCUCAAAAUUGAUGAGUUUGAAUCAAAUGUCAAUGAGAUCAAAGACCCCUUCCCGCCAGCAGACUUUCCAGGUGAUGAUGAGGAGGAGGACCCUGAUAUUCCAGAAAGUCCAAGACCUCGUCCCAUGGCCGACCUGCAGCUAAAGGAGGAAGCCGUGCCCAUGCCAGAAGCCAGCUCUUUUUUUAUCUUUGGGCCUCAGAACAAGUUUCGGAAGCUCUGCCAUCGAAUCAUCAAUGCGACUACUUUCACCAACAUCAUCCUGCUCUUCAUCCUGCUGUCAUCCAUUUCUUUAGCUGCUGAGGAUCCCAUCGACCCCAUGUCCUUCAGGAACCUGGUGUUGGCCUACGCUGAUAUUGUCUUCACUUCCGUGUUCACAGCGGAAAUCGUUCUAAAGAUGACCACAUAUGGUGCUAUUCUUCACGAAGGGUCUUUCUGUCGAAACUCGUUCAACAUCUUGGAUCUUUUGGUGGUCAGUGUAUCCCUGCUGUCCAUGGGCAUGGAAUCCAGUGCCAUCUCAGUCGUCAAGAUCCUCCGAGUGUUGAGAGUCCUGCGGCCCCUGAGGGCCAUCAACCGGGCCAAAGGACUGAAGCACGUGGUUCAGUGCGUGUUUGUUGCCAUCAAGACCAUUGGAAACAUCGUCUUGGUUACAAUGCUGCUGGAUUUCAUGUUCGCUUGUAUCGGAGUCCAACUUUUCAAAGGCAAAUUCUAUUCCUGCACUGAUCCAGACCAGAUGACUGAGGAAACGUGCAAAGGAUGGUAUAUCAGGUAUCAGGAAGGAGCUCUUCAUGAGAUGGAAGUCCAUAAGAGGGUAUGGACCAACUCUGAACUAAACUUCGACAACAUGCUCAACGGCAUGCUGUCUCUCUUCACCAUUUCUACCUUUGAAGGAUGGCCAAAGCUACUGUACAAAGCUAUUGACUCAAAUCUGGAGGAUAAAGGCCCAGUGUACAACAACCGUGUGGCCAUCUCCAUCUUCUUCAUCAUCUACCUCAUCCUCAUCGCCUUCUUCAUGAUGAACAUAUUUGUGGGCUUUGUCAUCGUCACCUUCCAGGAGCAAGGAGAGCAAGAGUACAAGGACUGUGAGCUGGAUAAAAAUCAGCGUCAGUGUGUUCAGUAUGCUCUGAAGGCCCGACCUCUACGAUGCUACAUUCCCAAAAACCCGUACCAGUACCAGGUGUGGUACAUUGUCACCUCCUGCUACUUUGAGUACCUCAUGUUCCUCCUCAUCAUGCUCAACACCAUGUGUCUGGGAAUGCAGCACUGCAACCAGUCGGAUCAUGUGACCCACCUCUCUGACAAGCUCAACGUGAUCUUCACUGUGCUCUUCACCGUGGAGAUGAUCCUCAAACUCGGGGCCUUCAAAGCUAAGGGUUAUUUUGGCGACCCCUGGAACGUCUUUGACUUCGUCAUUGUCAUUGGAAGUGUGGUGGAUGUGAUUCUGAGUGAAAUCGAUGGUGCACUGGCUGCAUCUGGAGGACUUUACUGUCUACAUGGCUGCACGGAAGUGGAUCCCAUGCAAGCAAUCGCAUCUUCAGAGAACAUGAGUGUGUCCGUCACAUUCUUCAGACUCUUUCGGGUUAUGCGUCUGGUGAAGCUUCUGAAUCGCUCUGAGGGGAUUCGGAAUCUUCUGUGGACCUUCAUCAAGUCCCUUCAGGCUCUUCCAUAUGUGGGGCUGCUCAUUCUCAUGCUGUUCUUCAUCUACGCUGUGGUUGGAAUGCAGAUAUUUGGUAAAAUUGCGUUGGUUGAUGGCACGGUCAUCAAUAGAAACAACAACUUCCAGACGUUCCCUAUGGCAGUGCUGCUGUUGUUAAGAUGUGCUACGGGAGAGGCGUGGCAUGAAGUGAUGUUGGCAUGUAUGUAUGGGAAGAAGUGUGACCCCAAAUCAGACUUCCUGCCUGGAGAAGAGUACACCUGUGGGGCCAACUUCGCCAUCAUCUACUUCAUGAGCUUCUACAUGCUCUGUGCUUUUCUGAUCAUAAACUUGUUUGUGGCUGUCAUCAUGGACAAUUUUGACUAUCUGACCCGUGAUUGGUCCAUCCUUGGCCCACAGCACUUGGAUGAAUUCAAGAAAAUCUGGGCAGAAUAUGAUCCAGAGGCCACUGGGCGUAUUAAGCACCUUGAUGUUGUCACUCUUCUGCGGAGAAUACCUCCUCCUUUGGGUUUUGGCAAGUUCUGCCCUCAUCGAAUCGCCUGUAAGAGAUUAGUGUCGAUGAACAUGCCUCUCAACAGUGAUGGAACAGUCACCUUCAAUGCCACCCUGUUUGCCCUGGUCAGAACUGCUCUGAAGAUAAAGACAGAGGGUAACUUUGAAAAAGCCAACGAGGAGCUGAGAGCAAUCAUCAAGAAGAUCUGGAAGCGCACCAGUAUGAAACUACUGGACCAAGUCAUCCCACCAAUUGGAGAUGAUGAAGUAACAGUGGGGAAGUUCUAUGCCACCUUCCUUAUCCAGGAUUAUUUCAGGAAACUUAAGAAGAGACAGGAAGAGUACUACGGGUACCAUCCUUCUAAGAAGAGUGCUACUAAUGAGAUACAGGCUGGACUGAGGAACAUCGUUGAGGAGCCGCCGGCAGAGCUCCAUAGAGCAAUUUCUGGAGACCUGGUGGCUGACGAUGAGUCUGAUGGAGCACUGGAAGGCUUGUUGAGGAGACAGGGAAGUCUGUUUGGAAACCCAUCUGACCAUUUUGCUGCUGAGACUGAAGACGCAAACACCAGCCAACGCCCUCUACAGAUGGCAGAGGGUCUCAUCAACAGUGACACGACGCACAGCCCGUAUGAACAGACGUUUGGAAGAUCAGGCUUUUGAUGGUCAGUGAGAGGACUUCAGAGACGAGACAUCACCGGAACCAAGCAGGAGUUCCCGACACAUGAAAGACGGACUCAGAUAAAGGGGCUGUGAAGGUUACCUGACCCCCACCACCACCACCGGACAACAAAGAAUCAUGUUAGCAGAACAAAACAUGGAGGUUGUGGUGAAAUGUCUUUUUUUUUCAAUCUAUUCAUCUUGGUACAGCUUUUUAGCAAUUUUCAUACCCAUCCAUUUAUCCAUCCAUCCAUUUUCUUCAACCGCUUAAUCCUGUCCAGGCUCCCAGGGGUCUGCUGGAGCCUGUCCCAGCUCAUUACAGGACAAAGGCAGGGGUCCACCCUGGACGGGUCAUUUUCACAUCCAUUUUGAUUCAUUUGUUUUAUUUUUGUUCUAAUAUUCAAUUUACCAUACCGCUUGGCAGACUGUCUUGUUUUUAGGGGCAUCGGCGUUGUAGCACUUGUACCUUUUCAGAGGUUCGGGGAUGUUAAGCAGGUCAAUAAUUAUGGCUUCAGAAAAAUCCAGAUCAAGUGUUUCAUUCUGAGACGAAACCAUCACAUCAGCUUCCUUUCAAGCACUUGAUGAUGACAAGAUUCUCCUGGGGAUCUUUAUUUAUUGCAGUUAGCUCGUGGCUAACUGCCAGUUGCACAAAUCAGGGCCAAAUCAUGUGGCCCCAUGAUUAGUGGCACCUGACUAUAACGUUUUAGGUCCUAUAGAAGAAGUAAUGGGGGUAUUAAAUGUUGCUGACAUGAUGUUUCUCUUUUGUUUCUUUGUCUUAAUUAUUUUUUCUAUUAUUUUUAUCAUCAUUACUAUUAUCAUUGUCUUCACUUUUGUUAAAAUUGCCCAGUUGGCCCAAAAGGCCCAACAAAAGUCAGGCUGUUUUCUGUGUUUAUGUUUUAGAUUUUCAGAAUCAAACAAGCAAAACAUAGAAACUAAUGUAAGUGGAAGUAUGUCUCUGCAGGGAUGUGUUAUUAUGGUUUCAUGGUUUUUAUUUCUGUGUAAAACAUCAGAACCUCAGAAGUGUCCUCAAACUGAAUUAUCUUGCCAUUUAGUGAAUUAUUAAAUGUUACUCCUAAAGGUUAAAUAUUAACUCUAAAUGCUACAGUAAAUCUAAAUCAUAAUCUGUUUGGUUAAAUGAACUAAAAUGUUAAAUUACAAUAUAAAUGUUAAAUACAAAAUAUUUAUUGUGAAACUAAAUAUUUGGCUUAAAUGCAAAGUCACACUGGGAUGAAGCUAAAUAAAAUAAUGAAUUAAACCCAAUUUAUCAUGGGAAAUUAAUACAUGUAUUUACAUAAUCCUGAUAAUAACUACCUAGAAUAAAUACAUACAUUUAAAACAUGUGUUUGGGGGAGUCUUUUUCCUCCAAUUAUGUGCUAGAUGUGAAAAAUGUUGCUGUCAUUUUCAUCAUGAAACUCUUUACAAAAAGUUUUACUCUUAAUGCGUAUGUCACCUGGCAAUAAAAGGAAGCUGGA